AUGACAAUACCAGAUCCUAUAUGGAUUUUAUUUAGUAAAUUGGGAUAUGUACCAGGACUUAAACAAAAAAGAAGCAAAUGUAAUAAGUAUGAACAGCAAAUCAAUGAAUCAUUAAGAGCUGCCUGGAUACAUGUUAGACGAUGCACUAAGAUAUCUGCAGAGCAAAAAAAAAAAUAUCUUGGCAACUUGUAUGAAGAAAGCGAUGAUGAAACAUUAAUAAGCAUAUCAUCUUCUAUAUCAGAGUCAGUAUCAAAUUCAUUCCCACCUUCAGCAUUAAAGCUUUAUAAAGUUAAUCGUAUUACAAAAACAGAACAAAAGUCACUUGAAUUGGCUUUUGCAAGAUCAGUAUUUUAUUGUGGCCUAUUUUUGUCAUUGCCGGAAAUGAAGCCUAUCAAACUUUUGUGGAAACAAGCAAGACCAGCAUUCAAGCUACCCAGUCGAAAAAAAUUUUCGACAAAAUUAUUGGACUUUGUAUUUAAUGAGACAAAAAAUAAAGCUGAAACUUUGAUUAAUCAAU